AUGAGCGGCCCCCUGCGGCCGGGCCCCAGCGGCUGGCGGCGGGCGGCCACUGUGGUGCUGGCGGGCGGACGCGCCGGCGCCGCGCGCGCGCCGUCCGCCGUCCCGCCGCCCCGAGGGCUUCCGGCGCUGCUGCUGCGCCGCUCGGCGAGCCAGGGCUUCAUGCCGGGCGCGCACGUGUUCCCGGCGCUGCUGGACGCGGCCGACCGCGCGGCCGAGUGGCGCCGGCUCCUCGCGCCACCGGCGCGCGCCCGCCUGGGCCCCGCGCCGCCCGACGGGGACGCGGACGCCGCGGCGCUGCCCGAUGACGUCGCCUUCCGCAUCUGCGCCAUCCGCGAGGCCUUCGAGGAGGCGGGGGUGCUGCUGCUGAGGCCGAGGGGCGCCCCGCCGGCGCCCGCGCCCGCGCCCGGCCGCGCCCUCGACCCGCCGCCCGGCCUGGACGCCUGGCGCGAGCGCGUGCGCCGGGACGCGCGCCGCUUCCUGCACCUGUGCGCGCACCUGGACUGCGCGCCCGACGUCUGGGCGCUGCACGCCUGGGGCGGCUGGCGCACCCCCUUCUCGCGCGGCCUCUCGCGCCGCUUCGACACCGCCUUCUUCCUGUGCUGCCUGCGCGAGCCGCCGCCCGUCCUCCCCGACGCGGCCGAGGUGGUGGGCUGCCAGUGGCUCUCUCCAUCUGAGGCGACUCACAGUUUCCUGUCAAAAGAGAUUUGGUUGGCACCCCCGCAGUUCUACGAAUUAAGACGACUUGAAAACUUCGCCUCUCUGUCUGACUUGCACAAGUUUUGUUUGGAUGGUGCAUUAGAAGGGCUGGAAAGGUGGCUGCCGGUGACAUUGGUGACAGCUGAUGGGAUGCUCCAGCUUUUACCAGGCGAUGAGCUGUACGUAGAAGAUGCAGACUCAUUAGAAGAGGUUUUGUCUACUGAAAAAAAGACUGAAGAAAUCAUGAAGGAAGGCAAGAAAUUUCACCGAAUAGUGAUGUACAACAAAUAUCUCUAUAAUCUCCACGUGACUAUUUCAUCAGAGAAUAAACACAUUUACCCUAAGAACUACGUAGUAGGAGCAAGCCGUUUGUAGGGUGCCUACUUGCAGUGUCCUAAUGAGUAAGGAAGGGUGACUACAUUUUCCUGAAACCUUGGAACUUUGUGCCUAUAAAGGUUGUUUCUUACUUCGGGUGUUUUAUGGAGCUCUCUUGCUUAUUGUAUUCUUUUAACCUUACAGUGUGCCACAAGUAUAAAGUUUAUAAAGUAUAAAUGAUCUUGUUACCAAAACAAAAAAAUUUCACAAGGGUUCCCACUGCUAUAUGGCUUUUUUUGUUUGUUUGAGACAGAGUCUUACUCUGUCACCUGGGCUAGAGUGCCAUGGCGUCAUCAUAGCUCACU